AUGUUCAGUUAUUUUGUUAUGGCUGUUGUAGGGGAAAAUCCGGACAUCAAUGCUAUUCAGGAAUCUAUAGCAAGUUACCUGGGUAUACAGCUAAAGGACCAAGCUAAACAGGUAAGAGUCGACGAACUUCGUCAAGGGUUUGAGGCCAAAUUAAAGGGAGGUGAAAGUAAGUUCCUCGUAAUACUGGAUGAUGUUUGGAAGCCGGUUGAUUUGGAAGAUAUUGGUUUAAGCUGUUUGCUAAAUCAAGGCAUCGACUUCAAGGUAUUGAUUACAUCACGGGACCAAGCUGUUUGCACCGAAAUGGGAGUUAAGGCUGAUUUGGUUCUUAACGUGGGGCUUUUAACAGAAGCAGAAGCACAAAGCCUUUUCCUCCAACUUUGGGGACCUUCUGAUGAUGUUGAUCCUGACCUCUAUAACAUAGCAGAAGAAAUUGUAAGGAAGUGUUGCGGUCUACCCAUUGCCAUCAAAACCAUGGUCUGCACUCUUAGAAGUAAAAACAAGGAUACAUGGAAGAAUGCACUUUCUUGUUUACAACACCAUGACAUUAACACAGUUGCGCCUGCUGUUUUCAAAACCAGCUAUGACAAUCUCCAAGACGAGGUGACUGGAGCUACUUUUUUGCUCUGUGGUUUGUUUCCGGAGGACUUCAAUAUUCCUACUGAGGAUCUUUUGAGGUAUGGAUGGGGCUUAAAAUUAUUCAAGGGAAUAAAUACUAUAAGAGAAGCAAGAUACAAGCUGAACACCUGCAUUGAGCGGCUUAUACAUACCAAUUUGUUGAUCGGGUGUGAUGCUGUUAGGUGUGUCAAGAUGCACGAUCUGGUGCGUGCUUUUGUUUUGGAUAUGUUUUCUAAAGUGGAGCAUGCUUCAAUUGUCAACCUUGGUAGCAGUAAGCUAGGGUGGCCUGAAACUGAUAUUGAUGUGGGUGCCUCUUGCAAAAGAAUCUCAUUAACAUGCAAGGGUAUGAUUGAGUUUCCUAGUGACCUCAAAUUUCCAAAUGUAUCGAUUUUGAAACUUAUGCGUGGAGAUAAGUCGCUGUGA